UUUUUUUUUGCUCCCCUCUGUUUUGCAGGCUAGGUGUGUGUCUGCUGACCUCAUGGUGUAACAGGACUAAAGAUGAGCAUUAGCAGUGAUGAGGUCAACUUCCUGGUCUACAGAUACCUACAAGAGUCAGGGUUUUCCCACUCAGCAUUCACUUUUGGUAUAGAGAGUCACAUUAGCCAAUCCAACAUUAAUGGUGCUCUGGUUCCCCCUGCUGCCCUGAUCAGCAUCAUCCAGAAGGGACUGCAGUAUGUUGAGGCAGAAGUCAGCAUCAAUGAGGACGGGACGUUAUUCGAUGGGCGACCCAUUGAGUCCCUGUCCUUGAUUGAUGCGGUCAUGCCAGAUGUAGUUCAAACAAGGCAGCAGGCUUACCGGGAUAAAAUGGCCCAGCAGCAAGCUGCCGCUUCAGCACCAGCCUCGGCCACCGGAGGCUGCAUUGCUGGCAAUGCUAAGAAUGGGGAGAAUACUGCCAACGGGGAGGAGAACGGAGCCCAUGCCUUAGCAAAUAACCACGCAGACCUGAUGGAGGUGGACGGAGAUGUGGAGAUCCCCCAGAACAAGGCCAUGGUCCUGCGAGGCCAUGAGUCAGAGGUCUUCAUCUGUGCCUGGAACCCAGUCAGCGACCUUCUGGCAUCAGGAUCUGGCGAUUCAACAGCUCGCAUAUGGAACCUGAGUGAAAACAGCACAAGCAGCUCCACGCAGCUUGUUCUGAGGCAUUGCAUACGAGAGGGAGGACAGGAUGUCCCCAGUAACAAAGAUGUCACCUCGCUCGACUGGAAUAGUGAAGGCACAUUGCUGGCAACAGGCUCCUAUGAUGGAUUUGCCAGAAUAUGGACAAAAGAUGGAAACCUGGCCAGUACACUAGGCCAACAUAAAGGUCCCAUCUUUGCCCUGAAGUGGAAUAAAAAGGGCAACUUCAUUCUCAGUGCAGGAGUAGAUAAGACAACAAUCAUUUGGGACGCCCACACGGGGGAAGCCAAACAACAGUUCCCCUUCCAUUCAGCUCCGGCUCUAGAUGUGGAUUGGCAAAGCAACAACACCUUUGCUUCCUGCAGUACAGACAUGUGUAUCCACGUUUGUAAGCUUGGUCAAGAUAGACCCAUUAAGACAUUCCAGGGACACACGAACGAAGUAAAUGCAAUCAAGUGGGAUCCCACAGGGAACCUGCUAGCCUCCUGCUCGGACGACAUGACGUUAAAGAUCUGGAGUAUGAAGCAGGACUCCUGUGUCCACGAUCUUCAGGCCCACAGUAAAGAAAUCUACACCAUUAAAUGGAGUCCUACAGGGCCAGGAACCAACAACCCCAGUGCUAACCUCAUGCUAGCCAGUGCUUCGUUUGACUCCACAGUCCGCCUCUGGGACGUAGAGCGGGGCAUCUGUAUUCACACGCUGACUAAACACCAGGAGCCUGUCUACAGCGUGGCCUUCAGCCCCGACGGUCGGCAUCUGGCCAGUGGCUCGUUCGACAAAUGUGUGCACAUUUGGAACACGCAGACAGGUGCGUUAGUCCACAGCUACAGAGGGACAGGGGGAAUCUUCGAGGUUUGCUGGAACGCAGCGGGAGACAAAGUUGGAGCCAGCGCGUCAGAUGGAUCUGUAAGUCUCACUACACAAUCUUUGUAUAUGUAUGCGUACGGCCGAAACAGGAAGUCUCGUCGGAUAUCCGAAAUGUUCGUUUUCACUAGGCAAAAACGGAGUUAGAGAUAUCUGUAAUGCAUAUCCGGCGUUGCGUUAAAAUGUUAAAACUUAUGUCUUCGGUCUGGACAUAUUUCAUUAUAUCUGAGAAAGACCCAAGAGGGGGGCGAAAAGCACACUCGUAGAGUUUGUCAGGACUGCGCUCGUCGCUACUGUGCUUUGCGUUGUAAAGAUCAAUACUUGGAUGCGGGAAUAAAGCAGCGCACG